UACAUUUAGAGUAGGCUGGAUCUUUACUGUGUAAAUUGUUUUACAAUAACUCUCAACUUGAUGAAGGCAAAGUAGGACUUCCUUGUCACUUAUUUAAUCCCAGCAUCGGACAGCAAUUGGUCUAAAUUCGUCCAGAUGAGACGUGAUCAGCAGGACUAUUGCCUGACGCUGCUGUCAAUCCAGAAUGGGGCGGUAGUUGUCAACCUACCGGACCGCGCGAGGCGCCGAAACGCACGUCCGACACCGGAGGAGAAGUUGAUCGGCGGAGCCUUUUAUCCUCUCCAGCCUGCUUUGGAUUGCUCUUACUUCAACCAGGAAUUAAAGGCAUUGCUCUGUUCGCAAAAACAUCCGCGGAAUAAUGCCGGACAGUAAAAAAUUCUUCGAGAACCUCUCUGGAGCAGGGAAGUCCAUUGGCGUCUUGACAAGCGGCGGAGAUGCUCAAGGUAUGAAUGCCGCUGUGAGGGCAGUGGUCAGAAUGGGAAUCUAUGUAGGAGCUAAAGUUUAUUUCGUCCAUGAGGGCUACCAGGGCAUGGUGGACGGAGGUGACAACAUCAAAGAGGCAUCAUGGGAAAGUGUUUCCAGCAUGUUACAAGUGGGUGGCACUGUGAUUGGCAGCGCCCGUUGCAAGGAUUUUCGUACCCACGAGGGACGUUUGCGUGCUGCUCUAAACCUGGUGCAGCGUGGCAUCACUAACUUGUGUGUGAUUGGUGGAGAUGGCAGUUUGACCGGAGCUAAUCUCUUCAGGGAGGAGUGGAGCGGACUGUUGGAUGAGCUUGUCCAAUCAGGUCAAAUCAGUGAAGAGGCUGCCCAAACUCAUUCUGUGUUGCAUGUUGUUGGGAUGGUGGGCUCGAUAGACAAUGAUUUCUGCGGGACAGAUAUGACGAUUGGCACUGACUCAGCACUGCACAGGAUCAUAGAGGUGGUGGACGCCAUAAUGACCACCGCACAAAGCCAUCAGAGGACCUUUGUGCUGGAGGUCAUGGGUAGACACUGCGGGUAUCUAGCAUUAGUCAGUGGUCUUGCGUGUGGAGCUGACUGGGUGCUGAUUCCAGAAAUGCCUCCCAAAGAUGGCUGGGAGGAACAGAUGUGUCACAAACUAUCAGAGAGCCGUUUGCGAGGUUCUCGUCUUAAUAUAAUCAUAGUGGCCGAGGGAGCCACAGACAGACAUGGAAACCCCAUCAGCUCUAAUGCAGUGAAGGACCUGGUUGUGCGCUGUUUGGGGUUUGACACGCGGGUCACCAUUCUGGGUCACGUCCAGAGAGGAGGAACACCCUCUGCCUUUGACCGCAUUUUGGCGAGUCGUAUGGGAGUGGAAGCCGUGUUGGCCCUGUUAGAAGCGUCUCCUGGUACUCCAGCGUGUGUGGUGUCUCUGUGUGGGAACCAGGCUGUCAGGGUGCCUCUGAUGGAGUGUGUUCAGAUGACACAGGAAGUCCAGAAGGCCAUGGAUGAAAAGAGAUUUGAAGAAGCCGUAAAGCUGCGUGGCAGAAGUUUUGAAAACAACCUGAACACCUACAAACUCUUGUCCCACCGCAAAGUUGAUACUGAACUUCCACAUAGUUCAUUUAACGUGGCCGUAUUGAAUGUCGGCGCUCCUGCAGCUGGCAUGAAUGCAGCCGUGCGUUCGGCCGUCAGGGUCGGGAUCACAGAAGGCCACACUAUGUUUGCUGUUAGUGAUGGAUUCGAGGGCUUCUAUAAGGGACAGAUAAAAGAAAUCAAGUGGGGUGAUGUUGGGGGCUGGACAGGCCAGGGCGGGUCCCUGCUAGGCACAAAAAGAACUCUUCCAGCAAAACACAUUGAUAAAAUUGCAGAACAAAUGAGGAUUCAUAACAUCAAUGCUUUACUGGUUAUUGGAGGAUUUGAGGCCUUUGAGAGUUUGCUGCAGCUGGUCGAUGCCCGCAGCAGUUAUGAGGAGUUCUGUGUGCCCAUGUGCAUGCUGCCCGCCACCAUCAGUAAUAAUGUAUCCGGUACUGACUUCAGCAUUGGCGCUGACACUUCACUCAAUGCCAUAGUGGAGACGUGUGAUCGUAUAAAGCAGUCCGCUAGUGGAACCAAGCGCCGCGUGUUCAUCAUCGAGACGAUGGGCGGUUACUGUGGUUACCUGGCAACAGUGGGGGGGCUGGCAGCCGGAGCGGAUGCAGCCUACAUCUAUGAAGAGCCGUUUGACAUCCGAGACCUACAGUCUAACGUCGAACAUUUAACUGAGAAGAUGAAGACUAGCAUCCAGAGAGGUUUAGUGCUCAGGAAUGAGAACUGCAGUGAGAACUACACGACUGACUUCAUCUACCAGCUGUACACUGAAGAGGGCAAAGGAGUCUUUGACUGCAGGAAGAAUGUCCUGGGACACAUGCAGCAGGGUGGCGCUCCUUCACCGUUUGACAGGAACUUUGGCACCAAGAUUGCUGCUAAAGCCAUGCAGUGGAUCUCCAAGAAGCUCAAGGAGUUUUACAGACAAGGACAUGUGUUUGCGAACACAGAGGAUUCUGCUUGUUUGUUGGGGAUGCGGCGCAGAGCUCUGGUUUUCCAGCCCGUUGUACAACUGAAGGAUGAGACUGAUUUCGUUCACAGGAUCCCGAAGGAACAGUGGUGGCUCAGACUGCGUCCACUCAUGAAGAUUCUGGCCAAGUACAAAACCAGCUACGACGUGUCCGACUCGGGCCAGCUCGAACACAUUGUCCGUCUGAGAGCUAAAGACAACUCUGCUGUUUAAAAUCAGUCCAAGUGAAGCUUAGUUGUCUUGAAAAUAUAAACGUAUUUAUUGAGGACCUGUGAUUCCAUAGCAGAUCUUGUAGAAGUCUGUCUUGACCUGAACACAUAAUCAUAUACAGUCUGUGUAAAGCAGUUCACAUUAAAGUGUGACCAUAGACAUACAGCCACAAAAUCCUUAAAUAUUGUAGCUCAGUGUUGUGACAAUCCAUAUGCUCAAGCAAAUAGCUUAUCCCUUAAAUGUGGCCAAGUGGUAUAUUUUGUUAAUAUGCAAGAUUUCCAUAUUUAUAUUUAUUCUAAUAAAGCUUAUUUUCAUUGACUGAAUGAACAGUCCAGCUCCACUGACCAAUUCCAAAACUGCACCUUGUUUUAAUUUAAAUGAAGUCUGAAGGAAGUCUUCCAAACUGCUAUUGUUUGUUAGCGCAGGCACUUUGUACCAAAGCAGAUGUUGUGUUAGUCAUGAUAUACAUGUGUAUAUGCUUCUAAUGCUUCAUAAACUCCCUUUAAAAUGUAAAAA